AGUUUGAUCGAAAGAUGACAGCGACCUAUAAUUUAUGUUUGUUAAAUCAAUGUAGUAAUGUUCUAUGUUAUUCGUAGCAGAAGCAUUGGUCGAUUGGAAACCUUCGCAUGCGCUUGACUGAAAGUAUUCAGUGGAACAAAAUUCAUUUCACCUUGUAAAAAGAUUUAAAAGGAACGUGAAUUGUUUAGGAAUGGCAGAUAUUAAACAGGAUCACAAAAGCGAGGACACCGACAACUAUGGAAUGGGUAAUAGUGCCGAUCCAAAGAAUAUGCAAGAGCUGACACAGUAUGUGCAAACUCUAUUACAAAACAUGCAGGACAAGUUUCAAACAAUGUCGGAUCAAAUUCUUGGAAGAAUAGAUGAAAUGGGAAACAGAAUAGAUGAUCUUGAAAAGAAUAUUGCAGAUUUAAUGACACAGGCUGGUGUAGAAGGAGGUGACAAAUAACUACCUCUAGUAAAAGAAUACCUUUGAUAUUUAAUAAAAAUACAUCUGCGUAAGCAUCAAGAAGUAUCAUUGCACGAGAAUAACAUUUGUAUGACAUUGAAAUGCAUUUUUGAUUAUAAAAAAAUAAA